AAGGAAUCCUGAGAUUAAAGUGCCACGAGACAUAUCCUGUGUGUUAAAUUAAUUCGUCCUGACUUUUUUUAAAUCAACACUUUUGGGGAAAAAAGCCUGCUUCAUGGAAUACAUGGAAGAGGAAUAUUUUGAAUAUUAUAAUUAUAAUGAAAGUUAUAGUUUGGACAAUUAUCAUACAAUUUGUAUUAAAGAGGAUGUCAGGAAUUUUGGGAAAGUCUUCCUACCUAUCUUUUAUGUACUGGCCUUAAUAAUUGGACUUGCAGGGAACGCCCUAGUGGUGGCCAUUUACACCUAUUAUAAGAAGCUGAAGACCAAGACAGAUGUGUACAUCCUGAAUCUGGCCAUAGCAGAUAUUCUGCUUCUCCUGACCCUUCCCUUUUGGGCGGCAAACGCUGUCCAUGGUUGGGAGCUGGGGGAACUAAUGUGCAAGAUUACCUCAGCUUUGUAUGUCACAAACUUCAGCUGUGGCAUGCUCUUCCUCGCCUGCAUUAGUAUAGACCGAUACCAAGCCAUAAUCGAAGCCCGAACUGGAAAGGGCAAAAGCCUGGUCAUCUGUUUAUUUGUCUGGAUGGCUGCAGUCAUCCUAAGUCUCCCUGAGCUUAUCUUUACCACUGUGGGUGAACCUCAGGAUGGAACUAGGAAGAUAUGUCACCCUGUGUACCCUACGAGUAUGGCUCGGCCAACCAAGGCAACUAUCCAGAUCUUGGAGAUACUUUUCAGCUUUGGGAUCCCUUUCAUAGUCAUGUUGUUCUGCUACACAAAAGUGGCUCACGCUCUUAUAAGAACCCCAAACAUUAAGAAAUGGAGAGCUUUCAAGGUGUUGCUGGCAGUUGUGGGUGUGUUCAUUCUGACCCAGCUACCGUACAACAUUGUAAAGCUCUGCCGGACAGUAGACUUGCUCUACUACUUCUUAAGUUCCUGUGAAACCAGCAAAAGAUUUGACAUUGCCAACCAGAUAACAGAGAGCAUUGCCCUUUUCCACAGCUGCCUCAACCCUAUCGUGUACACCUUUGUGGGUGUCUCCAUCAAAAACCACAUUCUGAAAUUCUUAAAGAGCUUCAGUAAUCGUCAAAGAAGAAACUGGGAAAACGUCACAGAAAUUUCAUUGAAUUCCCAUUCCAACUCUGAAAACACCUGUACUUUUUCAAUAUAGGAAGAUUAUCCACCAAAACCAGCCAAUCAAUACUUUGCACCGACGAAAGCAACCAAUCCUGUACCGGCAACUGCCAAGUCAGCCAAUCACAGCCUGUCAGCUCGACUGCAGCCCAGACAGCAUCUUUCAACAAUAACAAAUCGAGACAUGGACAGCUCAGAAUGUAAUAUUGUUCCAUUCAGACAUCUGGUAUUGUCCAGUUAAAUUAUAAACAGCUCUGACAAGCAAAAACGUUAUUUGUUUAAUAAAGUUUUUUUUUUUUUUUUUUCUCUAAUUAUGUAUGGGAUUGUUUAUGAAAAUUGUUUGGACUAUUUUCUUGAAACUUUUCUCAGCGGAAGGGUACCUGACAAAUCAUUACAAGUUCAAGGUAAAUGUAGGUUUUAAAGUAUUUUUUUUAAAGAAAAUAACGAGAAAAAUCUUCUUCUAAUAGUGAUAGUGCCCUCUCGAUAAAGGCUUUACCAUGUGGUAGUUGACCUUGACUUUCGUUCGUGCCCUCGCCUUCAGCUCGGGACGCAUAACUCUAGUUGUGGUCAAUUACCCCACAGUAGUUUCAAAAGACAUCAGGUACUGUACUCCAUAUUCUAUAACAUCUACAGUUUCCAUGAGUCGACACAUUGGAUAAGGAACUUGUCACUUAUAUUUGAGCAUCAAAAGAAACGUAUUACUUAUAUUUGGAUAAAAUUCACUAGAUGUGAUCGAAAAAUGACAAACUGUGUUUUAGAGCAGAUGCAGUUACUUUUUAUUAUGCUGAUUAACAAUUGACAUCACGAAGAUGCUGCAAAAUUAUCUGUUGGUCUUGGGGAGAUGUUGUGACUCUUGGUCUCCCAGUUCGUGGCCUGUCAUUGACAGAGUGUGUCUGGGUAUACCGUCUUGCCAGGUUUGAAAUUGCUGGCUGUGAGCACCCAAGACAGCGAGCAACAGUAUGCUGCCAUAGUCCAGCCUCCAACAUGCCGAUUGCACAAAGGCGCUGCUCUCUUGACAGACGUGGCAUAUUGUUUUUUUUCUGUGAUUUUCUUUAUUGCCCAUUCCCUCUUCCCCUCUCCCGACCUGCUCUCCGUCUCGCACUUGGUUUGCUUGUCUGUCGCUUCGAACUGAACUUCCGACUGCCUUUAACCAGUCUAUUUACAAUUUAAAAACUACUACUUAAAAUGACGGGAAGGGAACAAUUUUUUUUGUAAAAAAUAUAGCGUUGAUUACAUGGUGCUUUAUGCAUGGUUAAUUCACGGAAAGUUACAUUUGUGCUUCACUAUAUAUGCAUUAUAGAGAGGGAGUUAUUUUAUUUUGUAUUUUAGUCAGAUGUGUUGUGUCCCGCGGACCCCCUCCCCCGUUUAUAACGCUCUUCGGUUAUAAUGCUCAUAUUGUGUGUCUGCCUAGACCCGCGUUAUAGCGAGGGAGCACUGUGUAUAUAUAUAUAUAUAUAGAUAUAGUAGCACUUAAACUGUUGAUAUAAACUCACUUAUUGUAUGAAAUCAGUAUUAAAUUAUGUAAAUAAGAACAUGUUUAAACAAUAUAAAAAAUAAACUUUAAAAUAUCUCUGCAUCUAUUUGUAAAUUGUUCAAUUUUUCUACCACUAGUGCUCUGUAUAAUUAUUUUCUACUUCUGAAGUGUAUGCGAAUUUGAAAUGUUAUUGUUGAAAGCACAGCCCUUUAAAUGUACUGGUAUUCUCUUAUCAAAUAAUCUGUACAUAUCCAAAGACAUUUACUUCCAGGACACAGGUUCCUGCGACAGCGGGGCUUCUCCCUCUCGCGCUGGAGACAGCGGGGCUUCUCCCUCUCGCGCUGGAGACAGCGGGGCUUCUCCCUCUCGUGCUGGAGACAGCGGGGCUUCUCCCUAUCGCGCUGGAGACAGCAGCGGGGCUCCUCCCAUAUCUGCAGCCAGGUAGUUGAGCACCAUGGCUGCGAUGUCUGGGAGGGACGCUGGGUGGUGUUGCUGUUCCCAGGCAUCCCAGUGCUCCCCAUCUCUGGCCCACAGGAGGUUGAUCACAGCAGGGAGAGCCUCUUCAACCUCCCUCUCAAGCUCCGCCAGCCAUUCCCAGAUCCCAGAUCCACUCAGAGGAGAGUGGACCAGUCCGCCUCGGAGGACGCAGGUCCUCUCCCACCGUCGCUGGAAGCUUGGGCUCCUCCCUCUCCUGCCAUGGAGGGGGUUGAUCGGGUGCUACCAUUCUUCACCUUUCAGUCAGGCGAGGCAGACAUCCAGCAUGGUAGAGAUGCGGCAGGACUUGCGAUUAGCCCCGCAUUUCUGUUGGUGCGCCUCCUGCUGCUGCUGUUGUUGCUGCUGUUUCCUCCGACUGCUUCUUUCCAUUUUUA